UAACCCAUUGUCAAGCCAAAAAUUUCUAACAACCAAACUAGUAGCAACCAAAACAACGUCACUUCCUGCCGCCAAGUACCAUCACUCUCUUUACCUUGGACUUUCCAUUCCAGCGUCUCUACCAGUCUUUCUCUUCUCUUCUCUCAGCAUCUGACAAUCGAUCGAUCUAGCCGGAAAUCUGACACACUUUAGGUAUCCGGCGAGAUCAAAUGUCUAACACCACUACCACAAACACCACCACCAACGCCACCGCUUCCGCCACUCCGGCGACUGAGUUGCCUCCGCCGCCGCGUGGAAACCCUACAUUAGUUGCCCUUGGGGUGGGUAUUGGGAUCGGUGGUGCAAUUGUGCUUCUCGGUGUGGGGCUUUUGUUCUUCUGGUAUAAGAGGAGGAAGAUCGACUUGUCUGGUUCACUUUCCCAAGGUCUCAAAGCUGAACCUUCUGGUGGUUCACUCCUAAAAUCGCAACAGAAAGUUCCUGCACCAACAGAUAAUAUGGUUGCAAUGCUGCCAAAGCCCACUCAUGUUUCCCCAUCGCCAUCCCCUGGCAUGGUUCUGGGUUUCUCAAAGACCACAUUCACAUACGAAGAAUUAGCACAGGCAACAGAAGGUUUCUCCAAUGCCAACCUUCUUGGUCAAGGUGGUUUUGGUUAUGUCCACAAAGGAAUACUUCCAAAUGGGAAAGAGGUUGCAGUUAAGCAGCUAAAAGUUGGAAGUGGGCAGGGGGAGCGCGAAUUUCAGGCCGAGGUUGAAACCAUUAGUCGUGUUCAUCAUAGGCAUCUUGUUUCACUGGUUGGAUAUUGCAUUUCUGGGGCUCAGAGAAUGCUGGUUUAUGAGUUUGUUCCAAACAAUACAUUGCAGUUUCAUUUACAUGGAAAGGGAAGACAGCCUCUAAGCUGGGCAAAUAGGAUGAAAAUUGCUAUAGGCUCUGCAAGAGGAUUGACAUAUUUGCACGAGGACUGUCAGCCCAAGAUCAUACAUCGUGACAUUAAGGCUGCCAAUAUUCUUCUUGAUUACAAUUUUGAAGCUAAGGUUGCCGAUUUUGGACUUGCAAGGUUAAAUCUAGAAGCUGGUACUCAUAUUUCCACACGUAUCAUGGGAACUUUUGGUUAUUUAGCUCCAGAGUAUGCUCUUUCUGGAAAACUCACUGACAAGUCAGAUGUGUUCUCCUUUGGAGUCGUGCUUCUAGAGUUGAUCACUGGAAAACGACCUAUUGAUAAAGCUCAGUUUGUGGAUGAUGAUAACAUUGUUGACUGGGCAAGGCCUUUGCUCAGACAAGCUUUGGAGGGUGGGAACUUCGAUAUUAUUGUUGAUCCAAGGUUGGAGAAAGACUAUGACUCCAAUGAGAUGACUCGCAUGGUUGCUUGUGCUGCUGUUUGUGUGCGUCAUUUUUCACGACGCCGUCCACGAAUGAGCCAGGUAGUCCGAGCUUUAGAAGGAAACAUGCCUCUGGAUGAUCUAAAUGAUGGUAUGACACCUGGAGAGAGCAGUUUCUACGAAUCCCAUGAAAGCUCAGAUUAUGACAAUUCUAUUUCCAAUUCCAAUUCCAAUUACAAAGACGAUUUGAAGAAAUUCGAAAGGUUGGCACUAGAAAGCCAGAGACACAACAAUUGUGAAAGCAGUGGACCUACCAGUGAUAAUGAUCUUCGCCAAUCUGUCUCGAGCAGUGAAGUUCUACAAACCACUCGAGAGAAAAGCUGAAGCAAUGAACAUCAUCAAAUUUCAUGAGAUGGAAAAUGGAAGAAAAGGAAGAAUAUCAUGCUUGAAACUCUCGAAAACAAUAAACUCAACGAGGUAAAAAGAUUAUUUAAAGAUUCUUUGCCAUUUCUUCUUGAAAAGCUGCCCCCCUUUUGAAAGGGGGAGUAAGCGAUCAAGUGUCCCUGAUUCAAAUCAUUCAAAACGUCUUUCUUCACAUAGAAAUCUAAAAAAAUACGGAAAUAUUGUGUCCAAUUGGAUUUGAACCUAUUUUUCCCGCUUGCUAUCAUGGCAUGUUAUUGUUCUUUCCCACUUUUCAUGUUCUGGUAUUGUCUAUACGUCCUUGUAAAGAAUAUAGUUCAAUGGCUGACACCAUGAUUAUUAUUAUUUUUGUAAAGUUGUAUUUGAUGAUUUCAAAUUUUGUAGAUCUGGGAUGGAUUCUAUUUCAAAGGCUAAAAUAAUUACAGAAUAGUAGUGACUGACUUUGUGAUU